GGGAGGCGGGUGUUAUACCAUCGCUCGGGGAAAGGCUAAGCAGUUGCAAAUUCGCCGCCGCCGCGUGGGUAGCAGGGAGCGUCCCAUCCCCUGCAGCCAGGGAGCAGCUGACAGAGAGCGGAUAAGGCGCCCCUGGCUGUCUUCCUCCUUGCACCCUCCGUCCUCUGCUUGCGCCGCCGCCGGGCGCCUGCAGCUUCUCGGUUCCAGUGCAACAGGGCUGAUAGUGGCAGCCCACGGGGAUCCGCUCAGAAACCAGCCGAGAUCCAGCGACCCUGCCCCUCUCCCAUCAGUACAGGCAGAGCCCUGGGCUGGACAGAGUCAUGACCGCUGAAAAGACUAUUCCCAUAAUUAAUGGCAAGCCAGAAGAUGCUUUGGACCCUGAAGCCUCAAGUACCAGCCUGGUCCACAGCAACGAUAAGAAAGUGCACGAAAGAGGCCACUGGAACAAUAAGGUUGAAUUUGUGCUUUCUGUGGCAGGGGAGAUUAUUGGGUUGGGAAAUGUGUGGAGAUUCCCAUAUCUUUGCUACAAGAAUGGAGGAGGUGCUUUCCUCAUUCCAUAUGUGAUUUUCUUUAUUUGCUGUGGAAUACCAGUAUUUUUCCUGGAGACCGCCCUGGGACAGUUUACUAGUGAAGGAGGUAUUACAUGUUGGAGAAAAGUUUGCCCGCUGUUUGAAGGUAUUGGAUAUGCUACUCAAGUUAUUGAAGCACAUUUAAAUAUUUAUUACAUCAUCAUUUUAGCAUGGGCUAUCUUCUAUCUAUUUAACUGCUUUACCACAGAGCUCCCUUGGGCCACUUGUGGCCAUGAAUGGAAUACAGAAAACUGUGUGGAAUUUCAGAAACUUAAUAUGAGCAACUGCAGUCAACUCUCUUUACAAAAUGCCACAUCUCCAGUCAUGGAAUUCUGGGAGUAA